CAGAAUCAAGCAAUAGUUAUUUAUCUAGUUCCCACCCUGUGCAAGGUACCGGGUGCUCUAAGAUUCACUCCAAUCCAUGAGGUGCGUCUAGUCUUUCACCGAGAUUUGCCAGUGGUCUUUCAGGGUAUUUCUCCUUGCUUUCUGGAUCUGAUGACUUAUCUGAAACUGAAGUUCUAUCUGGAAUGACUGGACCUCUGUCACUGCAGUGUCAGAAAUCUCUUGCAAAGUAAGCAUGGUGAAAUUCCAAGGUGCUGGGCCACUAGGGGAAAGGGUGCAAUUAAUAAUCCCUACCACUUAUUGGAUGUAUACCAAGUGCCAGGCUGUGUGCUAGGUUUUUUGCUUGUGUUCCCUUUUAAUCCUUUGAAAUGGCUUGACUCUACUCUUAUUUAUGUUUUUCUGAUAAGGAAACUAAGGAUUAAAGAGGUUAGGUAACGAGGAGCUGGAAAACGGUCUACUUCCCAAAGCAUCCUCUUGACAAUUCCACUAGACUACCACCAAUACCACCGAGCCCUCGUUGCUUCCUCUUCAGCUCAGAAUAGUCCACCAAGUCCACGUUUCCCUAAUCCCAAGGUCGGAUGGCUGGGAAGGGUAGAGAAUGCAACGGAAGGACGCUAAUGGAGAAUUUUGCAGGGUCUGGGAGCAGAGCAGUAAACGCAGCCCUAAGCACUGAGUAUGCUACAGUUUGGUAAAAUCUACCCAAGCAGCUUUAGGAUCCAAGGCUUGUACUGUAUCCCCAACCAACACUAGGCAACGCCCCAAGUCCUCACACUUCCCACUCCGAUAGGCGAAACUGCAAGAACCGGGAGGGGCGGCUGCCGCGUUUAGGCGCGAGGCACACACCAUACCCUUCCGCAGCUUCCCACCUCCUCCAGACGCACGUGUUUAAAGAGUCCCUGCUCCAACCGGUCCCGCCCCACCUCCGCUCGGCCUCCAGCCCUGCCAGUACUGCUGGCUUCAAGUUUCCUCCGAGAGGCGGGCGCGCACAGCUGCAGUUGCGGCGGCAGCGGCCACCAAGCGUCCGGCCGCGCUUCGCCACCCACCUUUCCUUAGCUCCCGGCACUGCAGUCUCCGCCCGCCGAGGAGGGCGCGCUCAGUGGAGCAGGAGUCCAGGGUGGGGCGCCGAGAGGAGGGAAUCCCGGGUCACACCGCUACAGUUCUCGCAGUGGCAGAGGCGGCGGCGGCGGCGGCGGCGGCAGCAGCAGCAGCAGUAGCAGCAGGUGGAGUGAGCUACAGCGCUUGGCCUGAAACCCGCCGCUACAGCCACCCGGGCGGGAGCUGGCCCGCUGAGUGGAGCCAUUGCUCACCCCGGCCCGACCCCCGGUUUCCGGGACACUUGGGUUGCCGAGGCCGGCUGGCCAGAGUCGCGGUUGGGGACUGGCGCGCCCGGGAGCGCACGGCUGAGCAAGAAGCCGCGUCUGGGGCGCAGGACCAAUUGAAUCUACCUCUUCCCGGCUAGCUAAGGACCCCUUCUCUCGGGAAAGAGCGCUGCCGGCUGUGGGAUUUGGGAGGAGCUCGGAGGCCGCCCGGGCACCUCGCUGGACACUAUCCGUUUGCGCCCCCGUGGCGCUGGAGGGUCCGGAGAGGAGCGCUCGUCUCUCUUCUGCGGUUUAGUGGCUGAAAGCAGAGAGCUCUUCCUGGGGCGGACGGGACCUCCUCCCUCGGUCGUCCGUGGAGUCCUUGCAUCGCUUGUCGUGUUGGUCUCGAGCGGCUCACAGCUUGACACUAAUUUGCAGGUGUUCGCUGCUGAUUUGGUUUCGUCUUCGAUUUGGGGACAGUUCCCGCCAACGACACUCGACACACGUUUCCCUGUCUUCGUCGGAGGGCCGGGUCUGGGGUCGCCGGAGCCUGCGGGAAUCCAGCGCCUAUUCGCUGACCCUCGAGUCGCUCCGCUAGCUGUGCGCCCUCCUGGGCAUUAGCCUGGAGAGGAGCGUGCAGACGCGGCCCCUUUGAGGCAGUGCGGUCCUCGAGGGAGGCAUCGGGCUCCUAGGGGCUUCUUGGCGUGUGCGGUGGGAUUGGGGUCAGCCGGCCAUGGCCUUCACUUUCGCUGCGUUCUGCUACAUGCUGUCUCUGGUGCUGUGCGCUGCGCUCAUCUUCUUCGCCAUCUGGCACAUAAUUGCCUUUGAUGAGUUAAGGACGGAUUUUAAGAGCCCCAUAGACCAGUGCAACCCUGUUCAUGCGAGGGAACGGCUGAGGAACAUCGAGCGCAUCUGCUUCCUUCUGCGAAAGCUGGUGCUGCCAGAAUACUCCAUCCAUAGCCUCUUCUGCAUCAUGUUCCUGUGUGCGCAAGAGUGGCUCACGCUGGGGCUGAAUGUCCCUCUACUUUUCUAUCACUUCUGGAGGUAUUUCCACUGUCCGGCAGAUAGCUCAGAACUAGCCUACGACCCACCGGUGGUCAUGAAUGCCGACACUUUGAGUUACUGUCAGAAGGAGGCCUGGUGUAAGCUGGCCUUCUAUCUCCUCUCCUUCUUCUACUACCUUUACUGCAUGAUCUACACUUUAGUGAGCUCUUAACGCAAAGACUGUGCACGUCAUCAGAGACUGAGAUGGGAGAGACCUCAGACGGAGAGGUGCAUUUCUGCUGGUGACUGGAGGAGGGACCAGAAUGGGGAUAUGUGAGAAAUAGACCCAGCAGGCAGUCUGACUGAACGGGAGCUGGGAUCACGCAGCCAGCUGGGAGCCAAGUUAACCCUGCGUGUCUGUUGUCGCCCUGUGUGUCAAUCUUUGGCAUUCGAAUUCCACAUACAGGGUCCUAGAGCCCUUCUGAGCAUCAGUGGUGUGGGGGAGUAGGUGACAAAACACUAGACCUCUCCUGAGAGAGAAUGGCUGCUUCCUGAAUCCACUUCAUUGAACAGCACCUUGCAAGUUCACACUGAGUUCCUGGGCCAUGGGAGCGGAGGCUGGAAGGCUGCAAGGUGCUUGCUAAGGAUCAGAAUGACCCAGAGUCAAGGCCAAGUCUGCAGGGACCUGUUGAAAGCCUCGAGAAUGCCUUGGCUGCCCAGGACUCUUGUUGCCUUUCUUCCAAGCCGUGGCCACACCCUUUUUCUCAAAUGGGAGGGGCUGGAGGGUGCGUGGGAUUUGCCUUCAGCUGUAACCAGCCUUGAGCUCGCCGGGCUGUUUUCAGCUGAGGAGGGGUGAAUAUAGGAAAAAUGGAUUUUUGAAACGUUUGCAACAUGUUCGAGGUGUUAGUUCUCCACCACACAAGUUGUAUUCUUCUUUUGCCACCUCAAACCAUCAGAAUCAUGUAAUGCAAAUCAAUUGGUCAAUGCUAGUCAAAGCUAUGUUCUUACAAAAACCCCAGACAGCUCAGAGCUCAGAAAAUCCUGUGGAGUGGCUGCUCUGUACCAUGGGCAUCCAGCAGCCAGGAAUUGAGAAGACAACAUAAUUAUAACUUCGUUUUAUGAUGCUGCAUCAUUUGUACUGUUUAGGUCGACAUGAGGACAUCAUCUUAUUUAGAAUUUUCCAUUUGGCAAUCUCUUUUGGGUGGGAGUUGUGCUGGGGGUUGUAAAUAAUGACAAGGCUGAGAUUUUUAUGAUGUUUAAAUUGGGCACAAUGAUUUUGACCUUAUUCCCCAAACUUCUUUUCUACUGUUUAACAUACACAGGCUAUUUAUACACAUCCCCAGCUCCCAUCUGAAACCUGUGACUCAGGUUUAUGAAUGGUGUUUGUGUAGCAACACAUUGUGUGCUAUGUUUAUUAAAAUGCAGCGACAACUUGAGUGUCUCACUUAA